CUUCGUCUGCCAGAGAAAGACAGACGAAGCCAGUGAGAGAAGAAGGUCACUUCUAGAGCAGUGAAGGAACGGGGGGUCAUACCUGAAGACUGAACUCUGGAAGUCUGGAAAUGGGAAAUCAGGAGGUCCUACUUUAAACAGAAGAAGACAUUUUGAUGCCACACGACUGAAAGACGACUGGGGAACACAGCAUUACUGAGGGUCACAAUGGAGAAACUCUCUGAAAAAGAUAAAGGUCUGAUCCGGGACAGCUGGGAGAGUCUGGGGAAGAACAAGGUGCCACAUGGAAUUGUUAUGUUCACGAGAACUGAGAAACAGCCUUGGAGUGGCGUUGUUGGUAAAGUAGUUGAUGGGCCGGUGAUGUUAGUGAUCGAUGCAGCUGUGAGCCAUCUUGAUGACCUACAUUCAUUGGAGGACUUCUUGUCGAACCUGGGCAGGAAGCACCAGGCAGUUGGGGUGAAGACUCAGUCCUUUACUGUGGUUGGAGAGUCCCUGCUCUAUAUGCUUCAGUCCAGCCUGGGUCCAGCUUACACGACACCACUGCGCCAGGCUUGGCUCAAUAUGUACAGCAUCGUGGUAUCAGCCAUGACCAGAGGCUGGGCCAAGAAUGGCGAACAUAAGUCCAACUGAGAAGGAGGUAUUCACAUUGGAACACCCUGGAGGUCACCAGAUUUUUAAACUAACUUCUCAAAAAUCCUUUCAAAGAGUGAGGGGCUGGGAUAUGGGUCCACCAUUGGGAAAAUCAGUUCAGCUGAGUUGUAUUUUGGCUCACUGAACAGUCCUAACUUUGGUAGCUUGGUCUAACUGUAGACUGAGAUUGUAGAUGAGGUUGAGGUUGAGCUUAUUAAGAGUGCAUAGAUAGUUUGUGGUUGAAACUUCUAAAGCAAAAUUUGCUUUGUACAUACAGUAAUGACUAAGUACAUAUAGUAAUGACUAAAUGUAUUUCCUCAAGCUAUCUUAACUGACUGUCUUGAUGUGUUGAUGUUUUAUGUGAGCGUAAAACAGAGGUUUGACUAUGCACAUGUGAGCUUGGUCAACUUGAACAAGUUUUAUUUUGAUGCCUCUUGGAAUCAAUUUAGAUAAAGGCCUUUAAAGCCACUACAAUUUAACCCUAAAUGACACAGAAUUAAUUCUAUACUCUUGCCUGUGCUGUGUUUAAGUUUAAGUUUACUGUAAGUUUAGUGAUGUUCAGUAAGUUAUCUGAGCAUGAACAUUUGGCAGUAUGGUCCAAAUGAUAGUGUCAAAGAAAAUAAGCAAUCAGUAGCCAUGAUUUUUUUGAUGCCAUCCAAAUGUUCAUGUGAAAUAUUUCGUUUGCCACAUUCUUCAACCAUUAACAGUAUUUCUGGCGAUGAAAGUAAAUGACGAGAACUGUUACAUCCGAAAUAGCUUUUGGAAUUUUUUAGACUGUUAGUUUAUGAACGUGUGCCAUGUCAUAAGUUUACAUUUCCAUUGUAUGGGAUUAUACUCGACGCAUUCUACUCCAAGGCUUACUUACGAAAGACUUGUGUAGAUUGUUACUUCACAUAAAGUGACUGUUAUAUCAUAGUGACUAGAUGAUUUGCUCACCUAUUUACAAUUGUAGAUAGUCAAAAAAUGUUUAUGCUAAAUG